ACGUUUGUUUUUGGAUAGUACGUACGUAAGAAUGAACCACAUCACACGCAUCGAGGAGACUCAUCUUUAGCUUCUUCUUCAGCUGCGUUUGGAAUUUAGAACCCUAAUUUCCACAAUUUCUCAAAUUUCACAAUCCCUUUCUCCCUCAGUCCAAGGGACUGCAUAUAUUUGUGGUUCCAUUCAACAGGUUUAAGGUUAUAGUCUGAAAUGUCAUCAGUGUCUACUCAACCACAGUUUCGUUACACGCAGCCACCAUCAAAGGUGCUUCACUUGAGAAACUUGCCAUGGGAGUGUAUAGAAGAGGAGCUGAUUGAACUUGGAAAGCCAUUUGGUAAAGUUGUGAACACAAAGUGCAAUGUUGGAGCAAAUCGAAAUCAAGCUUUUAUUGAAUUUGCAGAUAUAAAUCAAGCCAUUGCGAUGAUAUCAUAUUAUGCCUCAUCAUCUGAGCCUGCUCAAGUGCGGGGGAAAACUGUGUAUCUGCAGUAUUCCAAUAGACAAGAAAUAGUGAAUAAUAAAACCGCUGCAGAUGUUGCUGGAAAUGUACUGUUGGUAACAAUAGAGGGUGAAGAUGCACGCCUUGUGAGCAUAGACGUUUUGCACUUGGUUUUUUCAGCCUUCGGAUUUGUGCAUAAGAUUACUACUUUUGAGAAAACAGCUGGAUUCCAGGCACUGGUACAAUUCUCAGAUCAAGAAACUGCCACUUCUGCAAAGGAUGCUUUGGAUGGAAGAAGCAUACCUAGCUACCUGCUCGCAGGGCAUGUGGGACCAUGCACCCUUAAGAUCACAUAUUCUGGACACUCAGACUUAAGUGUCAAGUUUCAAAGUCACAGAAGCAGAGACUACACUAAUCCAUACCUUCCUGUUGCUCAAUCAGCUAUGGAGGGAAGUGGACAGUCCGUGAUGGGUUUGGAUGGGAAGAGACUGGAGGCCGAGAGUAAUGUUCUUCUUGCAUCGAUUGAGAACAUGCAAUAUGCUGUAACCUUGGAUGUCUUGCAUAUGGUUUUCUCUUCUUUUGGACCCAUCCAAAAGAUUGCAAUGUUCGAUAAGAAUGGUGGUUUACAGGCUCUGGUUCAAUAUCCAGAUGUUCAAACAGCCAUUGUGGCGAAGGAAGCAUUGGAAGGACACUGCAUUUAUGAUGGGGGAUUUUGCAAGCUUCACCUCUCCUAUUCACGUCAUACUGAUCUGAGUAUAAAGGUCAAUAAUGACAGAAGCAGAGACUAUACCAUGCCAACUGCACCACCACCAGUUAUGAACGUUCAGCCCUUAGUUUCGGGGCAACAACAAGCUCCCAUGACUGGUCCUCCUGCUCAACAGUACAAUACCGCUCAGUACGCUCCAAAUAACAACCAGAAUUUUAUACCUCAAAAUCAGCCUGGAUGGGGAACAGCUCCACCGCACACAAUGCAACAACGGAUGCAUAAUAAUCCUUACAUGCCACCUGGUACAAUGCCACCACAAAAUGGCCCUGGAAUGAUGCAGUAUCCCGGUCACAUUCAAUAGCCUCGCUCUUUCAUUUAAACUAAGUCAAAAUUGGCGAACAAAUCACUCGGCAGAAAUGAGGACUAUCAUAAAAAUUAUGAUUUGUGAUUCUGAAUCUGUUUGUUUCCACUUUCCACCAAAUUAAAUUUUGAAUUUUUUGGAUGUAAUCAAUUUUUUUAAGAACUUUUAGUUGGAUGGUAGCAUCUGAAAACACUACUCUAGUGUCUUUUAUUUAUUUAUGUCUUCAUGAUUUCUUUUAGCUUGACAAAAAA